CACGAUCAACCGAUGUGUGCAGCAUGCGGUAUGCCGACUUCAGAUGAAACAACAACGAUCAGCUCGUUUCAUUCAGAUGAGAGCGAUUCACCACCGACGAAUGACUAUGCCGAAGAGUAUGAAAGAGCACAAAAAGCAAACUCGAAUGUCAAAAAAUGGAAGGAUCUUGCUUAG